AUGAGCAUCAACGGAUUAUUGAAUGUAUCGGCUGGGGAGUUGUGUUUGAAGAACGUUCUCCAGACUGGCCAGUCUUUUCGGUGGCUCCUUGAUGAGGCUACUGGCAUUUAUUCUACUACUUUGAAAAUAAGUGAUACAUUGGGAUACUCAAUAAUAACGUUACGUCAAGAUGUUGACUUUGGGCAGGUAUUUUAUGAAGUGCUGAAUGCGAAAGUUGAUACAGAAACAAUAGAGAACCAUCUUAAGAAUUACUUUCGAUUGGAUGUAGACUUGCAAAAUUUACACAAGAAUCAUUGGCUAGCUAAUGAUGAGAAAUUCAAGAUGCUGGAUCACAAAGGCAUAAGAAUAUUAGGGCAAGAGCCGUGGGAGACCCUAGUCUCUUUUAUAUGCUCAACCAAUAAUAAUAUUGGUAGGAUAAGCAAGAUGUGCCACGCUCUUUCAGAGAACUUUGGUGAAUAUAUUGACGAAUAUAAAGGAACAAAAUACUAUACUUUCCCUUCUAGUGAGGAUAUAGCCACUAAAGCCACUGAAAUACAAUUGCGUGGGCUUGGUUUUGGAUAUAGAGCUAAGUACAUCAUCGAGACGGCCAAGAAGUUUGUUGAAGACAAAAAGAAGUAUGGAUUAUCUGAUGAUGCCCAGUUUCUAAAUGAAGUUGUUGCAAAGAAGGGCUAUCUAGAAGCCAGAGAGUUUUUAAUGGGCUAUUGUGGUGUCGGCCCGAAAGUAGCUGAUUGUGUUUGCUUAAUGGGCCUACACAUGGAUGAAGUUGUACCUGUAGAUGUACAUGUUGGUCGCAUUGCAAAAAGAGACUAUAAUAUUCAAGCACCUAAGAAGUUUUUGCAAGAAUUACGUGGACAGUUUGACCACCUUCCCAUAACCAAAAAGAAAAUAAACCCUGAACUUGAUUAUAUUAGAUUAAAAUUUACUGAAAUUUGGGGUGAAUACGCAGGCUGGGCACAGGGAUUACUAUUCUUCCGAGAAACAGACAAAUCCGAUGCUUCUGCCGCAAAGAAAAGGAAAACUACAUCUAGUCCAGCGGCUUCCAAAAAACCCAAACUCGAUACCAAUGAGCUUGUAUCAGCAAUUUCUGUUAAAGCAGAAUAA